UUGAACUGCACAUGAGCUGUCACUUCCAUCUCUUUUCUCGUCGUCGACGGAGAAAAUCUCGCGUGGCUGGCUGUUUUCUCUGUCCACCUCCACAGACAUACACCACUUACCUACCAGCAGCGCCUCUCUCUCUUCCUUCUCCCCCACCUCCUCCUCCUCUCUCUCUCUCUCUUAGAGUGAGCGCGAGAUCUAUCGAAACCUGAGUGGUCCCGAAGACACUAGAGAGGCAAUAUACUCCUCGAGCGCAACAUGGCUACAAUUGUAACCUGUACCAGGUUUACAGACGAAUAUCAACUGUACGAAGAGCUCGGAAAGGGUGCCUUCUCUAUUGUUCGGCGAUGUGUAAAGAAAUCAACAGCCCAGGAAUAUGCUGCUAAGAUCAUCAACACGAAAAAGUUGUCUGCGAGAGAUCAUCAAAAACUGGACAGAGAGGCUCGGAUCUGCCGUCUCCUCAAACACCCCAACAUAGUGCGUCUCCAUGACAGUAUCUCAGAAGAAAGCUUUCAUUACCUGGUUUUUGACCUUGUGACUGGCGGAGAGCUGUUUGAAGACAUUGUCGCAAGAGAAUAUUACAGUGAAGCAGAUGCAAGUCAUUGCAUCAGUCAGAUCCUUGAAAGCGUCAGCCACAUCCACCAGCAUGACAUCGUCCACAGGGAUCUCAAGCCAGAGAACCUGCUGUUAGCCAGUAAGAUGAAGGGGGCUGCAGUGAAGUUAGCUGACUUUGGUCUUGCCAUCGAGGUGCAGGGAGACCAGCAAUCCUGGUUCGGUUUUGCAGGCACCCCUGGAUACCUCUCUCCUGAAGUCCUGAGAAAGGACCCUUAUGGCAAGCCAGUGGACAUCUGGGCAUGUGGUGUGAUCCUGUAUAUCCUCCUGGUGGGUUACCCUCCUUUCUGGGAUGAAGACCAGCACAAGCUCUAUCAACAGAUUAAGGCUGGAGCUUACGACUUUCCCUCUCCGGAGUGGGACACUGUCACCCCAGAGGCCAAAAAUCUCAUCAACCAAAUGUUGACCAUCAACCCAGCAAAGAGGAUCACGGCUGACCAGGCGCUGAAGCAUCCUUGGGUCUGUCAACGUUCCACUGUUGCCUCCAUGAUGCAUCGUCAAGAGACCGUUGAGUGUCUGCGCAAGUUCAACGCCCGCAGAAAACUGAAGGGGGCCAUACUUACCACCAUGCUGGUGUCCAGGAACUUCUCAGUGGGUCGGCAGCACACCAGCCCGGCCACCCCCACCACCAGCACAGCUGCACUGGCACAGGAAGCAUGCAAAAGUCUACUGAACAAAAAGUCUGACGGCGUGAAGCCACAGACAACCAACAGCAAAAACAGUGUAGUAAGCAGCAGCACCAAAGACAGCAGCAUAUCAUCCACUGCACCAAUGGGGUCUACAGAGAGCCAAAACACCACAGAAGAGGAGGACAUGAAAGGUAGGAAAGUAUCGGUGGGCGGGGCUAGCAAUGACAGUGCAGUGGUCAGCCAAUGCAGUGCCUCUGAUGAGCCAACUCCUCAGACUGAGGCUCCUCCCCCCUGUCCACCUCCCACACGAAAGCAGGAGAUCAUUAAAAUCACGGAGCAGCUGAUUGAGGCAAUAAACAAUGGAGAUUUUGAAGCUUACACGAGGAUCUGUGAUCCGGGCCUAACUUCUUUUGAGCCAGAGGCACUUGGAAACCUGGUAGAGGGAAUGGACUUCCAUAAGUUCUACUUUGAGAAUUUGCUGAGUAAGAACAGUAAGCCUAUCCAUACAACCAUUCUGAACCCUCAUGUGCACCUGAUUGGAGAGGACGCUGCCUGCAUCGCUUAUAUCCGCCUGACGCAGUACAUCAACAGCCAGGGCCACCCACGCAGCUGUCAAUCAGAGGAGACGCGCGUGUGGCACAGGCGCGAUUCCAAGUGGCUCAAUAUCCACUUCCACUGCUCUGGAGCACCCGCCGCACCUUUACAGUGAAGCACACUGGGCAAAGCAUGCCUGAAUACUAAAGCUGAUUGGAGCAUUUCUUCUCCGUGCACGUAUUGCCGCCUGGAGCCCGGCCAGAAGAGAACCUCUUGAAGUUUUGAAAACGGAAGGGAAAAAAAUGGCACAACCAAGAAAUCUAUUUAAAAGCCGACUGUGGCCACCACUUCAGUCCAAACCUAGCUAGAUUAUGUGUGGUGGGCGGCCACGGCAGCAGCCCUGCCUUCUGGAUGCUGCAUGCCUCUAAUGCCCACAUGGGGCGCUGUAUUGUCUUUACCCAUAAUCCUGUAGUUUCUGCUGCCCAACAUUCAGAAAAGAUGUUUCAAGUAUUAAUAAAUAUUGUAAAAUAUUGAAAUCUUCACUUGUGUAAUUAACAACUGAUGGCUGUUAGGAUCAGAAAUGUGAAUUCUUAAAAAGAGCACAUGCCAUUUUCGGGGUCAGUGAUGUAGGUUUUAAGAAGUUUAAGAAAACUCAACUGUUUUGUUUGGUUUUUCUUCUUUUUUUAUGCAAAUCAUUUUAAUAUUGGAGGAACAGAAUUUUUUUUUUACGAAUUUCAGAAGUUAAAGCACCAAAGUGUAGACAUCUUAGACUUUGAGAAGAGGAAGUUUUAAUGUUGCUUUUAUUUUUCUUGGAAGGGGGAAUGGGGUUUUCUGGCAUUUUGUAGUGUUUUUGUGGAACUUUUGAUUUUUAUCUCCUGAAUGAUGCUGUAUUUGAAAGUAUUUUUCGUCUUCAAGAACAUUGUUUUUAAACUGGGACACAGUUUAAUAUAAUUGUGCAUAAAUAGAUACAGUAUUUAUAAAGAGAAAGGAAAGAAAACAGUCUGUCUUGUCAGGAUACAUGGAAGGGAGUUGUGCGAGCGUUUGCUUGAAUUUGUCCGUAAGUGUAAAUGUCUCUUUGGGACUCAAUAUGCUUGUUGCUCUGUUGUGUGUUGAGUAGAUCUUUACACAUAAACACAUGGACAUAUUUACAUAAGACCUAAACCUAAAGUUGCAGAACUUUCAUUUCCUUUGAUUAUUAUUCUGAGUCCAUCGUAUGACUAUUCUCCAGAGGGCACUAAACACUACACACAAUGACCAGGCUUGCAGCUUUCACUCAUGGAGAUACCCAGCUCACCCUUUAGGCUUCCAGCUACUGUGCAUAUCAAUUUGAAAACUAAAAGCAUGUCAAAAAAAGAAAAAAAAGAAAUGAAAUGGCCUGUAUUGUUUUGCACAUAACCUUGCGACUCUAUGCUGUUUUCUUCACUUUGUGUGGACUGCUUUGCAACUUCAGGUUAUGAAAUCAUUUUAUAGGGGUCCACGCUCUGUAAGGAGACCAAAACUACCAAAAAUCAAUCACAUUACCCCCCUUGGGUGUCCAUACACUUUGUCUACAAUUUGUUCUAGUGCUGUUUAUGUUGUAUCAUGAUUUUUUAUAUCAAACAAUGUGAUUUUAAAGGACUUGUGACUUUAAAGAAAGUGGUUAUGGUUUGGUUAGACAGUGAACACAUAACUGUCUACAGGUGGGAAAUGUAAUGAAAAGACAUGCUUAAUGCAUUUCCAGGGGUUUUCUUUAUUUUUAAUGGUCCAUUUUGUGGCAGAAAAUAUUCUGAUAUUUGUUUUAUUUUAUUAUUUCCAAUUUAAUUUGGAAAUACGAAUGCACAUUUUGGAUGGGGAUAGAUUGAAAGCUUUGCAUAUCGAGUGGGCUCCCUUAACAUCUGAAUAUACAAUUUCAGUACACUGGCAACUCUCACAGACCACUUUCUGAUCAACAAAGUAAACUCACAUAGUUUUACAAAAAAAAUAAAACAAAUUAUAAUGCUGGUUUGGGUGUGUCAAAGCACACGGACACAUUGUGCUCCCUUUAAAGCUUAUCUGUGUGACUGUCAUUCAUUGACUGUGUUAUUAUGUAGAAUCCUGUGUUUUGAAUUGUGAUGCCUGUGGGGCCUUGCUUCAUCCCUUCCCUCUGUGCUGAGCCAUUGCUUGUAAUAUGUUACCUUUUGAAGUUGGGCAAACAUUGCGCCAAAUGACUCUGUAUGGUGAAAAAAAAAUGGGGGAAAAGAGUACUCCUACCCUAAGACAUCUUGUUAGUUAGUUCUCUAGUUUUCAGAUGAAACCAUCUGGCACUGUGAUGUCUGUCAUACCACCAAACCAUGCUCUCUGUUGCUCCCUGUUGCAGUGUGCGUCUACACCAACAUGAUAGUUGGAUUUGAGUAGCAUCACUAAUGAUGACCAGCCCCAUUUUGGCCACUUCCUUGUCUAUGUUAAAAUGCAGUGUAGUUAAUUCAACAGAACAUUUUAAUGGUCAAGAGUGAAGGAGAUAUUUCCAGUUGCAGCAGAUUGUAGUUCUUGUGUUUUUUCUUAUGGCUGUUAGAUAGACACAAGAGACUUUGUAUGCUAACUGAAUAACUCCUUAAGGCCACUCUAACUACCAGACCAUAUAUGCAGUUCAACAGGAGGAAAAUAUGCAUGUGUACAUUUCUGGUAAUGUUUUUCACUGUCUGUGUUUAACUAAAAUUGUAAUCUGUUUAUUACCUGCAUCUUCAAGGUAAAUGAAAUGUGGCUCUAAAACAUGGUUUCCUAUGCUAAAAUUAUUUGAUAUUUUUGUGAAGAAAAGGACAAAGAGAUUAUCAAAGCUUCCACUUGGUAUGUUUCCCCAUUCUUGUCAAUUGUUUUGCAUUGUAACCAUAUAUGAUGGCAGUACAAAUGAUUAUACUCUGAGGUUUAAUUGGAUGCGGUUUCUUUUUUUCUUUUCUUUUUUUGCAUGACCAUACAAUGAACAAAUCUAUGAAUUUGAAUCUAUCAAGUGUUUGUUUGAAUGUUGUUAAACCAUCAUAGCUUUGUUAUUGAAACAUUUGAAAGUAUGUAAUAAAAGAACAUUUAAACAGCAGUGUCUUUGCUCUCCUGCUCAGCAUGAUUUUUGUUCUUUUUUGUUUCCUAAUACAUCCUAAGAGUGUUUGUAGAUAAAUAUGAUUAUGCACCACGUUUUUCAAUGCUACUUGUUGAACCAGUUUUUUAUGCUGUAAUAGCUAUUUAAACAUGAGGAAGAAUGUGAUAUAGUUAUAUAUAAACACAUUGAGUAAACUGGCCAAAAUCUGGCCAAUUGGUUUGUAUAUCUUUCCUCUGGCAAUGAAAAUUUCCCAAAGAAGCCAAAGCAUUAAAGGUGCACUCAGUGAUUUUCUUCCCCAUUUUAAAAGUUUUACUCCUAAUGAAAUUAAUUGUAAUUUUGAACAUACUGUACAUAUAUCAUCAUGGCCAAUCACAUGAGAUGAGGACUCUUGUCAUAUCAGUAACCUUUUAAAAGCUGUUUUAUUCAUGGGGGUUGUCAUUUUAGAAUCACAUAACCAGCUUAAAAUGUUAUUUUUAAGGGAUCUUGUUAUUGAACACUUUCACUCUUGGAUUAAAUCAAUUGGACACUUUCACACUUUCAUGGCUGAUUGUGAAUAGUGAAUUUAUAACAUGGAUUCUGUAACUUAAACUAUUGAUUUUGAAUGAUGCUGCAUCCACACCACUAGGUGUCACUUUAUGUUCAAUAUGACACAAGCAAAAAGUUACUGAGUGAACCUUCAUCUGGAUUCAUCUUUUCUUUUUCUCAUAUCACAAUUUCUACAAGUAAGCUAAUAAAAGAAUU